GUCGAAGUAAAACAAGUUUUUUUUUGUUUGCCAUUUUUUUUUAAGUGGAAUGAUUGUGCGGCUACUCUUCUUCGUCCUCUUCCUAUUUGAGUGCCAAUGUCGAGUGGUGAGACCUCACCAGAACUGUGUUAAGAAUGUCUGUUACUUUGAUUUUGAUGUUGAUUAUAAGUUUACCAUGAUGUGGUACAACUACACCAAUACUCUCGAUCCGGAGUUUUAUCCUGUCGUAAUGAAAAACGGAGUCCUUCAUAGAAGAAUUACAAGUGAUACUUGUGGAGAUACGCUCAUUCCGCUAACAUUAGAAGAAUUCAAACACAGUGUGAGUCCCGGGGAUGGAAAGUAUAGAAUGGUUUAUGCUAUCAAUGGCCAGAUUCCGGGCCCAGAUGUUGUUGUAUUCGAGGAUCAAAUUAUUUCUGUUCUUGUACACAAUCACCUUAAAACGGAAGGUGUGACUGUUCAUUGGCAUGGCAUGGUGCACAGAGGUACACCUUUUAUGGAUGGGGUUGAUAUGGUAACUCAGUGCCCAAUUUUACCAGGACAAACAUUUGAGUACAGAUUUGUCGCCUCCCCUGUAGGCACACACUGGUAUCAUGCACAUACUAAUAGCAUGAGAAAUGACGGAUUGGCAGGUGCCCUUAUUGUAUUGCCAAGAAUAAGACCAGCUAUUAAGAUCCCACAUAAUCCGAUUCCGGAAGUAGAUGCAGAAUUUUCAAUAGUUUUACAAGAGUGGACAAAAAGGAUGACUCAAGAAAAGUUUCUUUCUACAAAAGGAUUAGGACUUUUGGAUGAGUACGACGGAGCUUGUCUACCACCGGUUGUGCGUCCAGACGGAUCUGCUAACAGAUACCAAUUACACAUGGGCCUCGUGAAUGGUCUUGGGAGAAAAUACAUUCAUGACGAUCCAAAUAAUCCAGAAAAGCCUUAUAUUCCUUUGGAGACCUUUACCGUAAAACAAAAACGUUAUUAUCGGUUUAGAGUGACUAACGUUGGAGUCAGUUCAGCAUUUGAAAUUUCUAUUGAUGAUCAUACACUUAUAAUCGUAGCUUUUGACGGAAAUGACGUAGAACCAUUCAAAACAGAUGUCGUCACUAUAUCUCCAGCUGAGAGGGUUGAUUUCAUUGUAUAUACUGGACGUCCGCUAAGUAAUUACUACAUCAACUUUAUUACUGCUUCGACCAAAUUUGCAACAGGGGGAAAGCUAAAAUACAGACAACGUACAUAUGGAGUCUUAAAUUACUUUGGUGUUAAUAAGUAUCUUACUCCUGUCGUACGUCACAGGGAAUGUACAGAUUUUUUGCCGUGUGUUGUAGUAAACCAAGUUUACGGACUCUAUCCCGUGAACAAAAAUACAAUAAGUGUACCAAUUACAAAUCUGAAGUCAACUCCUUUGGCCUUAAAGAGGAACCCAGUCCCCCUUGUGGGGCCGAAGGAUUCCAGACAGUUAUUUUUCCUGAAUUUCCACCUUGGGGACAGAGGACCACGUAUCAAUGGCAUCAAAUUUCGCAGACCGAGUUCAGCACUACAGACCUACCCAGGACCAGACGCUAUUGUUCCUUGUGGAGCUGACACUUGUACCGAGAAAGACUGCAAAUGCACGCAUAUGCUAAAACUCGGACUAGGAAAUAUAAUCGAUUUUGUUCUCUUCUCUUUUAGUGACAGAAAGGCUGCCCAUCCAGUUCAUUUACAUGGGCAUCAUUUUCAUGUCCUUAAAAUUGGAUAUCCUCCAUAUGAUUUCAAAACCGGAAAUGCCACCGCACGAAAUCCAGAUAUUACAUGCUUUGAUGAGCUUUGCACAAAAGCAACAUGGACGGAUCCCUCAUGGAAUACUGAAAAAAUCCCUGGCUUAAACCUAGUUAACCCCCCUAUCAGAGAUACAGUCGUUGUUCCCGCCAAUGGUUACGUCAUAAUAAGACUGAAAGCUGAUAACCCUGGAUUUUGGUUUAUGCACUGUCAUUUUGGACAUCAUCAGACUCAAGGCAUGAACUUGAUUAUGCAAGAAGGAAAUAUUGCGGAUAUGCCCAAACUUCCACCGAAUUUUCCUACAUGUAACAACUUCCUGGUCAACCCUGAACAAUGGCUGAUGGCUCUGAAGAGAGAAGAAGCGAAACGAAAGUCACUGGGCUGCGAAUAUUGAAUUCAAAAAUUCUAUUUGCAUGAUAAAUGAAGAAAAAAACAACAACAUCAUUCUAGAUACUUUAAGAGUGAUCGAAUUUUGAUUUGCAUUCAAUUGGAGGAGGUCAUAUAUGAUAAAAACAUUAUGGAAAAA